CACUCAUCCUCCAGCGGAUAGGUGUUAGAGUGUACAUUAACCUACGGCAGCCCUGCGCUUUCCGGGUUUGCAUAACCCCCAGGAGUGCAGCCAGGCACUUACAGUCCUGGAAGGUGACGGAGAUGAAAGACCCCGUAUCCGUGUGGCCAGACAACCAUUUUUUUUACGCCCUCCUUCUGCUGCGCGAAGUUCCCAUGUUCAGCUCCGAGAGGUGGAGGACUGUCCUGCAAGGUACCAGCCGUCUGAAACUGUAGGACAAACUUUGCCCUGGCUUCUUCUUCUUUUUUUUAACAAAACCUGAGAAACUCAUAUUUUGUGGGGAUUCUAUUGUUUUUUUUCUUGUGUAGGGAAAAAGGUCGUACAAGGUGUCCGGGUGGCUCCUUUCUCAGACUGCCAUGCGAGACCAGGGUGUAUCGCGCCGUGUGUGUAGGCGCUGGAAAUCUGCCGCCUGUGUGCUCACUGUUCUGGUGUCCCCACUACUGCUGCUGACCCUCACGUCACUGCAUUUCAGAGACCGCAAAGUAACGAAGCGAUCAGUCCAGGACAAUAACACAACAGCGUCCAACCAGUCACAUGUUCGGCUGGUGAACGGGCAGACCCGUUGCGAGGGCCGCGUGGAGGUGUUGCGCAACGGCGCGUGGGGCACGGUGUGCGACGACGAAUGGGACAUGGUGGACGCCAACGUGGUGUGCCGGCAGCUGGGCUGUGGGCGGGCGUCCGCCGUGGGCAGCAGCUCCAGGUACGGCCAGGGCCCUGGGCCCAUCCUGCUAGACAACGUGGACUGCAAAGGCGACGAGACGCACCUGGGCCAGUGCGGCAGCCAGGGCUGGGGUGUCCACAACUGCUACCACUACGAGGACGUGGCCGUCAUCUGCAAAGAUAACACAGUGGUAGGGUGGCAAGGAAGUUCUCAGGAGCCUACAACACCAUCUCGUGAAAACACUGGUUUAAACGGAGACGGGCAGAUCCGGCUGACCGGCACCUCAGACCGCUGCCGGGGCCGCGUGGAGGUCUACUUCCAGGGCAGCUGGGGGACGGUGUGCGACGAUGACUGGGGUAUGCGUGAUGCCUCCGUGGUGUGCCAGCAGGCGGGCUGCGGCCCCGCCCUCGACUACACUACCAACGCCUAUUUCGGCUACGGGACCGGCCUCAUCCUGCUCGACAACGUCCACUGCAACGGCUACGAGAGGCAGCUGGCCAGCUGCCACAGCCUGGGCUGGGGCAUCCACAACUGUGGGCACCACGAGGAUGCCGGCGUCAUAUGCACAGGGUUAUCGACUACCAGCGAUCCCACUCUGAACACAGAGAGCAGGGCCCAAACGUCCUUCGAUUUCAAAGGCACAGCAGUGACGGAAAUGACCGUUCCAGUCAUUGGGGCAACAUUGACCACACCCACCACAUCCUUGACCACAAGAGACAAGCCCACCGUCCGCCUGGUGAAUGGCAACAACAGCUGCCAGGGGCGCGUGGAGGUCUCCCACGACAACAUCUGGGGCACGGUGUGCGACGACGACUGGAAACUGGAAAACGCCCAGGUGGUGUGUCGGCAGCUGGGGUGCGGCCCUGCCGUGGCCGCCCUGCCGCUGGCCUACUUCGGCUACGGCUCCGGCCUCAUCCUGCUGGACAACGUGGACUGCCGGGGUGACGAGAGGACGCUAGAGGACUGCUUCAACCUGGGAUGGGGACAGCAGAAUUGCGGACACCACGAAGAUGCCAGCGUGAUCUGCUCCACUUUCCAUCCAUGGGGAGGAACGGUGAUGGCCUUCGGAAUGACGCAGAGGACCGCCACCUCCCCAACGCCGGCUGAGGGUAAACUGAGGUUGGCGGGCGGUAAGCACCGCUGCGAGGGCCGGGUGGAGCUGUUCCAGAGAGGUGCUUGGGGCACCGUGUGCGAUGAUGCCUGGGACCUCCGGGACGGGCAGGUGGUGUGCAGGCUGCUCGGGUGUGGCGACGCCAUAGCCGCCCACGGGGAGGCCUUCUUCGGGCGGGGCGGCGGUGUCAUCCUCCUGGACAAUGUGAAAUGCACGGGCAGGGAGACCUCUCUCCUCCAGUGCUCCCACAUAGCGCUGGACGUGCACAACUGCGACCACUCGGAGGACGCCGGAGUGACAUGCACGCCCUUGUGAUUCCACUCCUCGACAGACCGUGCGUCUCCACCCUCGGCCUGGCCAGCGGCAGGGGAGGGAUGGAGAAGAUGUAGGC